UGCAGUACUCUUUUUUUCGGUUACCAAGGAGGCGCCCUGUCAACAAGCUUUAUUUGGUGUCUGAAGAAGAGAAAUAAGGAAACGGUUCAGACAUGAGUCAGUUUUUGGGUGGUCAGGACUGUAUUGAUAGCCUCCGGAGAGAUCUCGUAGACCUCCAAGGUGCGACCCUGGAUGUCUUUUCCAGAACAGGACCGGUCCGAUUUUCCUCCUGGAAGUUCCCUGAUAAACUCUCCUGUAACCUGGACAUGGUGGCUUUGCUGGAGCAGUAUGACUUCACGGAUGGGGAUGAGGCAUUCAGUCAACACUCACACAUUGUGUUACUGGAGCUUGUCAUUGACAGACUACUGCUUCUUCUGCAAAGCUUUGAUGCUUUUGUUGAGCUGAUGAGGUGCGGCCAUAUGAGAGAACACACAAAUGGAUGCCAGUCAGUUGGGCUUGUGGUCAGAAACUGUUGGAGUACUUUGAGUGAAUUUGCCAAACUAAUGGACACCUACAAAGACAUCAAAAAACAGACCAAAGUCCAACAGAUAUUUGGCAGUGAUGAGACAGAGACUGUUUCUCCUAUUUCCUGCUCAAAGAAUGACCUUUGCAGACAACGUUUGUCUGCUGGGUCUUCACCAAGCACCUUUAACCAUGUACCCUCCAAUCCUACCUGCAACACCUCACUCUGUCCUGAAGUUGACAGCCACAAUGUAAGCCGUCAGACAGUUGAAUCAUCCCUCGUUUCCUGCGAUGCAUGUCAUCAAAUGCAAUCCAUUUUAAGAAAAACAGGACAUGCAUUUGUAGAUUUGUUUCAGAGUGAGGGUCUGCCCUCCUCUCUGCAGCCCCUCCUGGUAGCUGUGGAAGACACACUUGAGCCAGGUCAGAUGACAGCAGCAGAUGUAACCCAGUGGGCCAAUGAGCAGCUCAGGGACAUGCGCCGGCUGGCAAAACAUCUCCAGGAUGUGCGGGGUACAGUGCAGCCUCUUACAGAUAAACUGGCUGCAGCAGAAACAGAGAGGGACAAAUUCAGGUCUCAGUUAGGCAGAGCACAGAAAGAGUUCAAGCAAGAGAUUGAAAAACACCAAGCAAACAUAGUUCAGCUGGAGUUUUCACUUCGGAAAGCACAAAGAUCCAUGAAAGAAACAGAGCAGAGGCUGCAACAGGAGCAAGGACAACUAAAGAAAGAAACUCUUUGCUUGAAGGAUGUUAAUUCCAGCCUGAGAGAGAAAGAAACUGAACAGAAAGACACAAUACAAGCACUUGAAUAUGAAAAGACUAUGCUGCAGGAGAAAGUCAGCGGCUUACAACUGGAGAAAGAGAUCUGUUGUACACUCCAGCACAGGGUCCAGCAGUUAGAGGGUCAAUUCAAGGGAACUCAACUCCAACUUGACAAAGAGAACGCAAAGUACCACAGCGCUUGUCGCCAGCAAGAGUCAAUGCAGGCAAAGCAGACAUCUUUGUUAAAGAGAGUUGAUGCCCUGGAUGAAGAGUGUGAGGAGCUGCAGAGCCAGUUGGGGGAAAGAGAGCAGAGACAAAUCAGUCUACACAAUCAGCUGCAACAGCUGUCAGAGGAGAAGGAGCAAGUGCAGGCUCAGCUCACUCAACAGCAGCUCUUGUUUUUAGAGCUGCAAAAGAAGAAGCAACCACUAGAAAAACAAGUAGGCGAGCUGCAGAAGAGUGUGGUUGAGAUGGAGGAGUAUGUGCGAGUUUUAAAGGAGAGGGAGAGAUUGUUGGUGGCUUUCCCCGAGCUCAGCCCUCUGGCUCGGAGCCAUCCCCAGAGUACAGGAAACGUGCUUUUAGAUAUGGAGCGACAAUUACAGGCUAAUAACAUCCGUGUAAAGAUUUUGGAGCAGGAGAACAUGACUCUUUACACCAGCCUUAUGAAACUGAGGGAAAGGGUACAAAACAACACCAUGAGAGAGGCCUCACUUGAGCAAACAUGGGGCCUUUCUGAUCCCAGCACACCAGAAGUACAUCAACAAAACCAUCAAAUGCAGUUGACUCCAUUGCAGAGCAGAAGUGCAGCACGACAGCAAUACACUAACAGAUGGAAGGAGGGAAGCCGAGGGGAAAGUGGUCUGGACUCAGCUGGGUCAGGGGAUCGGGUGUCGACUGCGGCUGCUGUCUCCCCCUCGUCUCUGCAACUCCACCUCCACACCCUCCAACUCAACACAGACGCCACUGUAACUGCGAAAAGCUGCACGAAAACACACAGUGGAUUUAUCCUCUCUCACUCCAGGAGCUCAAAUCAGAGGAGAAACCAGAAACAGAGGAGAGAGCUGAAUCAGAUACAGACAGACAAUUCUGUUUAAAGACAUCCAGCAGCCAGCCGUACUUAAUACGCCAAUAGCUCUUUUAGUACCCUAUUCCACAUUAACACUAAUGUUAUUGUAAUUUUAUAGUGUCAUUAUGUACACAUAACAGUGAAUACACGAUCACUGCUUCUUUUCAUCAUGUGCAUUUAAAACAAUAAACUUACUGUGUAUACAAAGACUUAUUGUACUUCUAGUUAGACAGGGCAUUGAUGGUUUUGGAAUAUCAGGUUUCUUGUUACAUGAUCUGCUUCUCAAACAAACCUGCAUGUAUACGAAAGGAAGCCCUUAUGGCAGAUGAGUCACAUGCUUCAGAGUAAAAUGCGCCAUUUGUACAACCUUGUAUGUCACACAAACAGUGACACAGAGGCAGAUGUGUUGAUAGUGUUAAGUGCUAUCUGACAAGAGAGGGGGGGUGGGAGUUUCCAUGGAGACACACGAGCUCCAUGAUUCGUGCUGUGCUGAAUCACUAGAGACCUUUUUGUUUCACGCCCUCGAGGAUAAUCAGACAGUGAAUCUUCAAUAGUGCACAAAGAAGGAGACUGCACAGGCUGCAGAUCAGUGGGAGUGUCAGGACUUCUCACCUGUCAUUUUUGUGUUUCACAGCUCACAUCAUGCGUGUUUGAGGAGGUCAUUUGAGAAGUUAUGAGCUCAGUUGUGUAAUCUGAGCCUAACAUGAAACCUCAAGAGACUUCAGAGCUGUUAAUGUCACUGUAUUAUGUUCUCCUUCAUCAUUCUGCAAACACUUGAUUAAAAUGACUCAUCUCACA